AUGGAUCACUCUGUCUGCUCAGUGAUCGCAUUACUUGGCCAUAACCCGGACCCCGACGCCAUCAAGAAACGCUUCACUGUACAAAUACGAGGCUCCGCCCCUGGGACCCGCCCCCCGUGCGGAUGUGGAGCGGGCACGAGGUGCAGCGCGCUCUUUACGCACAGCCGCCACGAGAGCAAUGUCUAUGCUAAUGGCCUGGUGGUCAUUUCUAUGAUGGUGAAAGUGUCUGUGGUGAGGCUGCAGAACCUGGUGGGCUGCAGCAGAAGUUGGAGUGCGGUUCCUCUCGAUGACUUCAUGGUUUCCAUUCGUAAAGUCUCCAUUGUGACCGGGCUGGAUCAAGUGAAAUAUCGUGACAAUGGGCUACAACCUGGCACUUACCUCUCUGCUCUGCCUCACUACAUGGAUAACCUCACAGCAUACAACCAAUGGAUUCUGUCCCAUCAGCUCUGUGGCAUUUUUGGACAAAUGGAACAAUUGGAUAUGCUGGGACCCUGA